UGGGGGGGGCUCAGUCCCUAUCUUCUACAAUCCGGGACACAAAACCUCCCCCCCUCUACCGAGAGCUCAGAGCUGGAAAGAUGCUCCCUACAAGAAUCCCCUGCUAAACAUUUAAUAGAGAGAAUCCUGAUGGACAAUCCCAGAGAGCCUGUAAAACCUAAGGGUCCCAGGGAGCCAUCUGUCCCCUAUAUGUGUUUAACAUAGGGAAGGGCCCAUCCAGAAAGAGCAAGUUGCGUGCCAUUGGUUGGCGGAGGAAGGGUUAAAGGAACCUGUUUAGCCUCCCUGCAUGGGGCACAGCUGCUGCCAUCCAAUGGGUAGACUGUCAGAAUCCCUUUAAUCUACCCCCCCACCUCCUUUCAUCCAGCCUUGUGUACGUUUGUGGGCGUGUGUGUCUUUUUAUCCCCGGCCCCUCACUCUGACAUCAUUGAGAGUCAGGUUGGGGCGGGCAUUUGGGCACCCAGGGAGGGGGCAUCUGUUGGGAAAGAAAAGAUUUUGAAUCAGACCUCAAGAUUCACUAAAGGGAGAAGAAGCAUCUGGGUCUACAGGAGGGGAGGGGGUGAGGGUAUCGACCGCUGUACCCCAAAAAAAAAAGAAGAAAAAAGAAGAAGACUUGAAGUGACCGCCCCCCCCUCCAGGCUUUGGGAUCGAUACUCUAACUGCAUCACACAGGAGCACAGGGGCACUUCUUCAGCUGGCCUGGCAUUUAUCAAGUCCUCGGAGUGGCACCGGUGGCAGAAGGCAAAGAGGAACCCCCCCUUCCUUCCCCCCCCUUCCCAGUCCACCCCAAAGAAAACACCCCUGCUGGACAGGUUGAUCCGGGUGGCACCUUCGAAGGGGGGAACUCCACACCUUGGACCGUCGAGUCUUGGUUAUUUCGGGGCACAAGUGCCUUCUGCCACCCUCCCCUUUCCCCUCUACCCACCUCCUCGCCCCAAUGAAGGAGCCGGAUGCCAUUAAACUCUUCAUUGGGCAGAUCCCCAGGAACCUCGAGGAGAAGGACCUCAAGCCAAUCUUCGAGCAGUUUGGCAAAAUCUAUGAACUCACGGUCAUCAAAGACAAAUUCACCGGGGUGCAUAAAGGAUGCGCCUUCUUGACGUACUGCGCCCGGGAGUCGGCGCUGAAAGCUCAGAGUGCUCUCCAUGAACAGAAGACGUUGCCGGGGAUGAACCGACCGAUUCAAGUGAAACCCGCCGACAGCGAGAGCCGAGGAGAGGACCGCAAGCUGUUCGUGGGCAUGCUGGGAAAGCAGCAGACGGACGAGGACGUCCGCAGGAUGUUUGAACCCUUCGGGAACAUAGACGAGUGUACGGUCCUUCGGGGGCCGGACGGGACCAGCAAAGGUUGUGCAUUUGUGAAGUAUCAGACACAUUCAGAGGCGCAGGCGGCCAUCAACGCGCUCCACGGGAGUCGGACACUGCCGGGAGCGUCCUCCAGCCUGGUGGUGAAAUUCGCCGACACGGAGAAGGAGCGGGGGCUGCGCCGGAUGCAGCAAGUGGCCAAUCAGCUCGGCAUGUUCAGCCCUAUCGCCCUCCAAUUCGGGGCGUACAGCGCCUACACACAGGCAGUGAACGACCAGCUUAUGCAGCAGCAGGCCGCCCUGGUGGCCGCGCACAGUGCUUACCUCAACCCCAUGGCCACCAUGGCCGCCGUCCAGAUGCAGCAAAUGGCGACAAUCAACCCCAACGGGAUCAUAACCACACCCAUCACCCCCAUCACGUCCUCUUCAGUCCUAGACAAUAUCUCUGGGAUGGUUUGUGAUCAGGAACGUUACCUUGCCCUAUCACACGAGGCACAAAUGGACAUCUACCGAUGUAACGGCAGCUCAACGUGUGUUCGUUCUGUCUGCGCAGGUACCAGUACACCCCCUACUCUUGCAGCCACACCAGUAUCAGGCAUCCCUGCCACAUUGGGAGUUAACGGCUAUAGCGCAGUGCCCACGCAGAGCAGCGUUCAGCCCAGCUCGGAGGCUAUCUACACCAAUGGCCUUCACCCGUACCCAGGUAAUACUGCCCAGAGUCCAGUGACCCAACUGGACCCUCUACAGCAAGCCUACGCCGGCAUGCAGCACUACACAGCUGCCUAUCCUGCAGCAUAUGGCCUGGUGAGCCCAGCGUUUACGCAGCCUCCGCCAUUAUUACCCCAGCAACCCCCACAGCAACAGCAACAAAGAGAGGGUCCGGAGGGCUGCAACAUCUUUAUCUACCACCUGCCCCAAGAGUUCACGGAUUCGGAGAUCCUUCAGAUGUUCCUCCCAUUCGGUAACGUCAUCUCCGCCAAAGUGUUUGUAGACAGAGCCACCAAUCAGAGCAAGUGCUUCGGCUUUGUAAGUUUUGACAAUCCCGGCAGUGCCCAAGCUGCCAUUCAGGCCAUGAACGGUUUCCAGAUUGGCAUGAAGAGACUCAAAGUACAACUAAAGAGACCAAAAGAUGCCAACCGGCCAUAUUGAGGAGUUCAGGUGUACCUGAUCUGGGGGUCCUGCCCCUCCCCCCUCCCUUUUUUCUUUCCACACCUCGCAAAGGACUCCAAAAAAAAAAUUCCUUCUACUGCUGCUGGACCAAGACAGACGUUUUUCAGGGGAAUUAAAAAAAAAAAAAAAAUCUUAAAAAACUGUUAAAUCCAGUCAGAUCGCCCAAGCUUUAACCAGCAAGGACCUCUGAACUCAAACCCACCGUUCUCUCCCUUUCCCCCACUUCCCCCUUUGGAGAGGCGGCAACAUGGAACAUUCCUGGAUCUGCACAUACACGCGCGUUACCGAAGCGGGCAGGGUACGUUUCCGCUUCCAAGCUCCGCAAGCUGGGCGCUGGAUUUAUUUUUUUUAAACGUUGAGCAAAAAUUGGAAAAAAUGUAAAAAAAAAAAAAACUGAAAAGAAUUACCGAAUGAAGGAAAAAAAAAAAUUUAAAAAUAAAGCGGCGGAAGUCUCUGCUGCGGACUGAUAAUAUGAGUAGUUGAACGGCACAGGAUCCAUUUUUAGGAAUAAGGUUCCUUUUUUUUUUUCUUUAUUUUUUUUCCUCAGCGAUUCUUGUAAAAAAAAAAAAAAACAAACAAAAAAAAAAACAAAAGGAAAAAUUCCCAUACUUCACGGACAUCCACAGAUUUCUAAGAACGCGUUUAUGCAGGUAGUGCGAUUAUUUUACAAGAA